CUGGGUCAGGGGUCACACUGCCUACGUCACAAGCUCCUAAGAUGGCGUUUUGAUGACGACGGGAGAAGUAAGGACCCCUGCCCUUGUUUAAAAGUGACACCAAUGCAAAACAUCAAGGGUAGGCGAUGGAGCUCCCCAACUACGCCAGUCAACUGCUUCUCCAGCUCAAUCAACAACGCUCAAAGGGCUUCCUGUGCGAUGUCAUCAUCAUGGUUGAGAAUACACUCUUCCGAGCCCACAAAAGUGUCCUCGCCGCCACCAGCCACUACUUCAAGUCCCUUGUCCUUCAUGAUAACCUCAUCCACCUUGACCCUGAUAUGGUGGAUCCAGCUGUUUUCCAGCAAAUUCUGGAUUUCAUUUACACUGGCAAAUUGUCAAAUGAGAUUUUUGAGGCUCUGGACUUGAGCUCUCUGCUCACCACAGCUAACUUCCUCCAGCUCAAUGACCUCGCAAACCUGUGCUCCACUAAGAUGAACCAAAAUGGAUCCCUCAAUAGCGUAGCAUGUGGGAGCUCCAAAUCUUUAUUUCGCCUGUAUGAAGACCACUCAUCAGACACUGAAACAUACACGUGUAUGACUCCUCCCAAAAAAAGGCAUAAUGCUGAAAGUAAAUGUAGGAAAAAGCAGGACUUGGGGUUGGAUUUGACUAAGAAGAAUGUAAAGUCUGAGACGAAUGAUACGUUUUUUCUUUCUAGAACCAUCUCCAACAAUAUGCAGCUAGGAAUAAACGGGAAGUGUGUUCCAAAGAAAGAAAAGUGGAUAAUUCCUUUGGAUGGAGCUCAGGAAAGAAAAAGGGAGGGAUCCCGAAGAAAAUCCAAGGUCAGUGGUUACAUUCCUCUUAGCAGGGUUGGAAGUCAACUAAGCCAGAAUCAGACUUUCACUUUACAGUUGUCUGUAAAGAAAGAGAAAGGAAUUGGAGGGAAAACUGACGAAACUGAUGGCCAAAAACCAAACAAUAGCAGCACCAAUUUUGUAUAUCAAAAGGAAACCUUUCUCAAAGAAGCUGAAGGGGACAACCCUUACGUUUGUAUUCCAUGUGAAAAGGGUUUUCCCUCCUCCGAGAGUCUCAAGUCCCAUGUGGAAAGUCAUUUGGAUGGAGACCUGGAUGUGAAAGUUGAGGAUGAGGAGGAAGAGGAACGUGAUGGAGACGCUGGAGUCACCAGAGUCUCGCAAGAAGCUGCUGAAAGCCUGGAGCAAAGUCCCCGAAAGUCCCUCAAAGAUGUUGACACCUUGCGUCCAUUCCCUUGCAACAUUUGCGGCAAGAUGUUCACACAGCGCGGCACUAUGACCCGCCACAUGCGCAGCCACCUCGGCCUAAAGCCGUUUGCGUGUGAGGAGUGUGGUAUGCGCUUCACCAGGCAGUACCGUCUCACUGAGCACAUGCGUGUCCAUUCAGGGGAGAAACCGUAUGAGUGCCAGGUCUGUGGUGGCAAGUUUACGCAACAAAGAAACCUCAUUAGUCACAUGCGGAUGCAUACCUCAGCAUCUUAGAACAGGUCAAAGAGCCCUAAACUUGGAUAAUGCAGAUACCAACAGUUCUCCAUAGUGCUUUGGUUUAGGUUCUUUAAUCUAGGGUUCAG